AUGGAGCAGCUCAGAUCCCUGUGCACCCCCGGGCCUGGGCUGUGCUGUGAAACUGCUCCACGUCUUUUGACCGGUUCAGCAGCCACACUGCGCUCCGCGCCCGCGCCCCCCUCACUGGGUUUCCUAGAGGAGAGUGUGGGAGAGGCCCCUCCGUGGGGUAGCCCCUGUCCCCUGCGCGCAGGAGCCGGGCGGCGGGGCGCACGGAGUCACCUUGACCCCGGCCUCCUUCCAGGUUCCCGCUGCCGGGCGCGCGAGGCCCCGCCGGCGGUGGAGGUGAAGGGCGUCCACGUGCACACGAGAUUCGAGGCGGACACGGGCAAUGACGUGGCCCUGCUGGAGCUGGCGCGGCCCGUGCGCUGCCCCGACGCCGGGCGGCCCGUCUGCACUGCCGAGGCCGACUUCGCCGAGCGCGUCCUCCUCCCGCGGCCGGGCGUGCUGGGCGGCUGGACCCUCCGCGGCCCCGAGCUGGAGCCCGCGCGGCUGCCGGUCACGCACGUGGAGCCCGGGGAGUGCGGCCGGGCCCUCAACGCCACGGUGAGCACGCGGACGGGCUGCGAGCGGGGCGCGGCGGGGGGCGGCGCGGCGGCCCGGGAGCACGGCGGCGCCUGGUUCCUCAGCGGCCUCCUGGCGCCGCUCCUGCUCAUCAAGGUCCCCAGAUACGCGCUCUGGCUCCGGCGAGUCACGCAGCAGCCGAGCUCCGCCAGCCGGAGAGGCGACCAGGGUCACAGACGACGGGAGCCGGUGCUGGGGCGACAGCGCCCCCAGCCCCCCCCCCCGGGACCCCUCGUCUGAGCAGAGCCCCGCGGAGGAGGGGGGAGGGGCGCGCGGCCGGCAAUAAAAGCAGACCUGCCGGCACCGAAUGGCGCCUUCCCGCAACGCCAGGGCACAGAGGGGUUCAGUCCGAGAGCGGUCGCGGGGGCGGCGGCGUCACAGCGACCUCCGCCUGCCCCGGGAGGGCAGAGGAGCGGGAAGCGCGAGGGGCUGGAAGGCCAACCGCGGGCCUCUGCGCGGGCCCGGCCCCGCGCCGGGAGCAGCGGGGCGGCUGGGCCAAAGGGCCGCAGCCCC